UCAAAAUUUGUGCCUCAAAAUGAAGAUAAAUUGCAGAUUCACCCUCUCUCCUUGAUCACCGUAUCACCCAUUGUCCCCGUAGUAUUCAUUACAGGGAUCGCCAUUGUUAUUCAAAAGUUUAUACUCAAAAUGGAUGAACCCAUCGCUAAUCAAUCAAAUUUCUCAUCUUAUAAAUAGAUCCAUCAUCAGCAACCCUAAAUCACUUAUCUUGCUACUGGGCAUGCUAUACACUGUCUGAUUGUAUUGCCAGUUGUUUCUUUCUAUGGUAAACUUCAAAAGAGGGAGGUAUUGCUUUCUGGGUUUUGUGCUUAUUCCAGUUUUCUCCUAGUGGGGUUCGAAGUUACGGAUUUUGAUUUUGGAUAUCGCGAUUUUUCCCGCUCUACCCGUCUGAGUGCGAAGAAAAUUAACAUUUUUGAUUUGUGGAUUUGCGAUUAUUUUUCAGUUCAUGAAAAAAGUAGGGAUUUGUGGAUCGUUCCUAUGUUCAAGUGAACUCGAACCAAUUUAGGAUUUUGAUUUGGGGGUUUCUAUUGCUCCCAUUUCUUGGAAGGGGGGAAAAAAAUAAAAAGGAAGGAGAAGGAAAUGGAGCCGGACGUGAGCAUCGAGACGAGCUGCAUGAUUCGGGUGGCGGUGGUUCCAAUCGGCCCAAUUCCAACUCAAUUAUUCCGAGAUUACGCCUCCAUGCUGGUCCGCCACCACACUAUUUCCCUGUCCUCCAUCAGCUCUUUCUACACCGAGCAUCAGAAGUCUCCAUUUGCUCACCAGCCUUGGGAUUCCGGCAGCCUCCGGUUCAAGUUUAUCAUUGGCGGUUCCCCUCCCAGCCCUUGGGAAGAUUUCCAAUCCAACCGCAAAAUCCUUGCCUUAGUUGGUAUCUCACACUGCCCUUCUUCCCCUGAUCUCCACUCCAUUGUGGAUCAGUUUGCAUCCGCGUCCAAAAGUUACUCUUCUUCUCUUAUUCAGCGUUGCUUCGCCUUCUGCCCCGGUGACUCUCAGCUAGAUGAUGAUAGCGAUAAGGGAACUAACCUGAUUUUGUUCCCACCCGCCGAUAGACAGACGCAGGAGUUUCACCUCCAAACGAUGAUGCAAGAUCUAGCUGCAUCCUUGUUGAUGGAAUUUGAGAAAUGGGUUCUACAAGCAGAAUCUUCUGGAACUAUUCUCAAGACUCCUUUAGAUUCUCAAGCCAGUCUUAGCUCUGAGGAGGUUUAUGUUUUAGGUGUCCUGAUGUAUUUUGUUCAUCUUUAUACAUGUUUCUUACUUGCUAUGUCCCAAAGUCUAUUUCUUGUGAAAUUAAUAUGAUAAACAGAUCUCGAGUACUGAGUAUGAGAACUUGAAUGCAGGUGAUCAAGUCAAAGAAACGGAGACUUGGCCGUGCACAGAAAACAAUCGGAGACUACUGUUUAUUGGCUGGAUCGCCUGUGGAUGCUAAUGCCCAUUAUUCCACUGCUCUAGAACUUGCUAGGUUGACUGGGGAUUUUUUCUGGUAUGCUGGGGCAAUGGAGGGUAGUGUGUGUGCUUUGCUGAUAGAUCGGAUGGGUCAUAUGGAUCCAGCGCUGGAGGAGGAAGUUCGAUACCGUUACAAUAGUGUCAUUUUGCACUACAGAAAAUCGUUUAUCCAGGAGAAUGCUCAGAGGGUUUCUCCCUUAAGUUUUGAGCUUGAAGCAACAUUGAAGCUGGCCAGGUUUCUCUGCAGGCCCGGACUUGCCAAAGAGGUGGUGGAGUUGUUGACAACAGCUGCAGAUGGAGGAAAGUCAUUGAUAGAUGCAAGUGAUAGACUAAUAUUGUACAUUGAAAUAGCUCGACUGUUUGGUACACUUGGUUAUCAUAGGAAAUCUGCAUUUUUCUCCAGGCUGAUAGCUCAGUUGUAUUUGCAACAAGAAAAUAGAUUGGCUGCUAUCAGUGCCAUGCAAGUGUUAGCUAUGACAACGAAAGCAUAUCGUGUCCAAAGUAAAGCAUCCAUCGAAUACUCGAGUUCAAAGAAGGAAGCCAGUGCAGGUGCGCAUGAUGUUUUGAAAAUACAUCAGAACUUGGUACUGUCGCUGUUUGAAUCUCAAUGGAGCACGCUUCAAAUGGUUGUCUUAAGAGAAAUACUAUUAUCAGCUGUACGUGCUGGUGACCCUCUUGCGGCAUGGAGUGCGUCUGCACGACUUCUUAGAUCUUACUAUCCUCUCAUAACUCCUGCUGGCCAAACUGGCCUGGCUAGUGCACUUGCCAAUUCAGCCGAAAGGCUUCCAUCUGGUACUCGGUGUGCGGAUCCUGCUUUACCCUUCGUAAGAUUGCAUUCUUUCCCCCUGCAUCCUUCACAAAUGGACAUUGUAAAACGGAAUCCAGCAAGAGAAGAUUGGUGGGCUGGGUCAGCUCCUUCAGGGCCUUUUAUCUACACUCCAUUUAGCAAAGGGGACCCACAUCAAAGUGGCAGCAAGCAGGAACUAAUUUGGGUCGUUGGUGAACCUGUUCAGGUGCUUGUUGAAUUGGCAAAUCCUUGUGGAUUUGACGUAAAUGUUGACAGCAUAUAUCUCUCUGUCCAUUCUGAAAAUUUCGAUGCGUUCCCAAUCAGCAUCAACCUCCCAGCCAAUUCCUCAAAGGUGAUCACUUUAUCGGGAAUACCCACUAAAGUUGGACCAGUGACCAUUCCUGGAUGCAUCAUUCACUGUUUUGGUGUUAUCACUGAACAUCUCUUCAAGGAUGUGGACAGUCUGCUCCUUGGAGCAGCCCAAGGCCUCGUCCUUUCUGAUCCAUUCCGUUGUUGUGGCUCACCCAGGUUGAAAAAUGUGUCCUUCCCUAAUGUUACUGUGGUAUCUCCGCUUCCAUUACUUGUUUCCCGUGUAGUUGGAGGCGAUGGUGCUUUCACUUUAUAUGAAGGCGAGAUUCGCGAGGUGUGCAUCACUUUGGCGAAUGCAGGCACAGUCCCGGUUGAGCAGGCGCAUAUGUCGCUAUCUGGGAAAAACCAAGACUCUGUAAUGUCAAUGGGUUAUGAAGCUUUACGGUCUUCCCUUCCUUUGAAACCUGGUGCUGAAGUCACCAUCCCGAUAACCUUGAGAGCCUGGCAGCUGGGGCCUGUGGAUCUGGAUCCUACAGGUGGUAAGAAUGUCAACUCUGCCAAUGGAAGAGAAAUGAAGGAUAGGAGCAGCCCAAUGUUGCUGAUUCAUUAUGCAGGGUCCUCGGCAAAUCCUGGAGAGCCACCUGGAGAUGCGACUACUCUGCCACCUGGAAGAAGGUUGGUUAUUCCAUUGAGCAUCUCUGUUUUGCAGGGCAUGUCUUUGAUCAAGGCACGUCUACUGUCGAUGGAAAUUCCUGCUUAUAUUGGCAACAACAACCGUCCAAAACUUAUUCAACUCGAAAGUUGCUCUAUAGAAGAAGCUAAAAGAUCCAGAAGAGAACAGGCUGAUAGUUUCGUGAAAAUUGACCCUUACAGGGGAAGCUGGGGCCUCCGCUUUCUUGAAAUGGAAUUAUCUAAUCCUACUGAUGUUGUUUUUGAGAUUGGUGUAUCUGUCCAGCUAGAAAACUCGAAUAGUGGUGAAUUUGAGUAUCCAAAAACGAGGAUUGACCGGGAGUAUACUGCUAGGGUACUGAUACCCCUGGAACAUUUCAAAUUGCCGGUUCUCGAUAGUGCAUUCCUUGUGAAGGAUUCUUCUCAUUCCAAUGGGACUACCGCAAUUAGGAGUUCAAGCUUUUGCGAUCGUAAUACCAAGGCUGAACUUAAUGCUUCUAUUAAAACAUUAAUCUCUAAAAUCAAGGUGAGGUGGCAAUCCGGGAGGAACAGCUCGGGAGAAUUGAAUAUUAAGGAUGCAAUACAGACCGCCCUUCAGUCAUCAGUAAUGGAUGUCCUGUUGCCUGAUCCACUUACCUUUGGUUUUAGGCUUUCGAAGAGUAGUUCUGAACCGAAGCCCAACCCCGAUUUUGUUGAGGAUUCUAAUACUGAAGUCCAGCAGCAAUCUGUUGUAUACAAUGGUACUAUUGUUGCUCAUGAUAUGACUUCAAUGGAAGUUUUAGUCCGGAACAAUACAAAAGAAAGUGUACGAAUUAGUCUUAGCAUCACGUGCAGAGAUGUAGCUGGUGACAACUGUUUCGAGGGUGAGAAAGCUACUGUGUUAUGGACAGGUGUGUUGAGCGGCAUCAAGAUGGAAUUACCCCCACUUGAGGAAGUGAAGCAUUCUUUCUCCCUCUAUUUUCUAGUACCGGGUGAAUAUACAUUGUUAGCUGCUGCUGUGAUUGAUGAUGCUAAUGAAAUUCUGCGUGCUCGUGCAAAGUGUAACGGACCGGAUGAGCCAAUUUUCUGUCGUGGCCCUCCCUUUCAUGUGGAAGUGAGUGGAACCCUGUGAUAUGGUUCCCAAAUGUUAUGGGUGGAUACCAAAGUUUGAAUGAUGGAAAAUCAACCAUUUCAAAACUCAAAAGCACCCAGUCACGCAUUUGUUGUAUAAUUUCAGCAGGUGUAUUUUUCAGUUGUUCUUUAGCCAGUGAAGGAUGUUUUCUGGGUGAUGAUAAUAAAUUCAUUUUGAGAAUAAUUGUUUCCUGCUUUAAGUUUCACUCGGUUGCAAGCCAGUUCGAAUCAUACAUUCUGGGGGUUAAUUAAUUGCCCUUCUCCUGUCCUUUCUUUUUGUCCAUUUUCAUCACUUUUUUUCUUUUCC